ACGUGCUGCCUCGGACGGAACUAGGUUUGUUUUGAUGCCGCCAGCAUCCUGAACAACGUGUCGUUGAGUUUUUCCUGUUAUACGCUCUGUAACCUUACUGUAAAUACAUAAAAUGUCCACCAUGGAGGGUCAAAUCGACAACUGCUGCCCAAAGGAGGAGCAGAAAGUCACAAAACGGAAGAUUUCCCUCUCAAGUUGUGGAGUUUGUGGAUCGGAGGAAGCGAAGUAUAGGUGUCCUGCCUGCUUCACACACACUUGCGGUUUGCUGUGUGUGAAGAAGCACAAGGAUGACUCAGGAUGCAGUGGGGUUAGGAAUAAAACCGCAUUUGUUACUCUUUCACAUUUCGACGAAAUGGCACUUCUAAAUGAUUAUAGGUUUCUAGAAGAUACCGGCAGAUUUGCUGAUGGUGCCACCAGAGACGAUCUCAUCCAGGCUCCGCGUACAACUAUGAAAGCAAAGAAACUGGCCGCCCACGCUAGAAAGAUGAACGUCACCCUGAGAUUUCUCCCCGUCACCUUCACCAAGAGCAAAGAAAACUCCACCUUCUUUCUUACAAAGGAAAAGCGAUUCUUGUGGCAUCUGAAGCUCAUAUUUCCUCAGAGCAGCUCAGAGUACAUUCAAAGGAGGGUGUCUGACAGCCAAAGCUUGAUCCAGAUCUUGACCGCUUAUAUUCACCCCACAGAGUCAGAUCCUGUAGCUCGUCAAAAGUUGAAGAUCUAUGUCCAUUAUCCAUUUGAUCAUGUGAAGGUUUUCAUGAAAGCAGAGGGCAGAAAGGCCAACUCUGUGAGGUACCACGGGUUGGACAUCGAGAAAAGCCUCAGGGAUAACCUGAGCUACAAAACAAUCAUUGAGUAUCCUGUGCUGCAUGUUGUUCUCAGAGAUUACUGGAAGGACUACCCACUCAAAGGUCCAGCUGAACCUGUAUCAGCCCGCACAAGUUCUGCAACAAGGAAUGUUUCAGGGGACCAGGAGGAGGAGCAUGAGGAGGGGGAGAGGGCCGAUGUUUCACAACCAAUACAAGAGGAAACACACAUUCGCACAAGAGCCCAAGACAUGACUCCUGAAACGGAUCCACCACUGCAGAAAAAGUCCAAGAGGGCCACAGGAGAAGGAGAACAAGAGGAAGUAGAGAUUGUAGACAGCAGUGAUGAAGAGGAGGAAGUUAUUAGCAGGGAUCAGUGUUUUAGCAAAAAUCUUACUGUUAAUGCCUCAACUUGUAGAGAAAGUGCUGAAGUCACAAUGACUAAGGAGAAUAGUGUUAAUGAAACAGAAUCCGUUCUGUCUCAUCACUGUCAGCUUGGAAAUGAGUCAGCUGCUGCUUCAGACAGCUGUCAAACGGAAUAAUGAUACAGAGAGAAUACUGCUAAACUUAGCGAUGAGGAAGAUUUGGCGGGAAUUAACCGGAAUGUGCCAUUACUCAGCACGAUAAUGCAAACACACAGACUGUGCUAAAACAGCCAACAAAUAUAUUAUUAGAUAGAUCCAGAAGCAUGUAAGUGUUUAUUUUAAAUAAUGUUUUCUGAAAUAAAAUUCUUCUUUCAAAUAA